AUGUCUGUCAUCCAUUCUGAAACAGACACCUAUGAUAUUAUUCAGAUCUUGGGCAAGGGGACUUUUGGUGAGGUGGCAAAGUGCUGGAAGAGGAGCACCGGCCAUUUUGUGGCCAUCAAGAUCCUCAAAAGUGAUUCAUACCGUGCCCGAAUCAUCAAAAACGAGCUAAAGAUGUUGAGAGUGUUGGGAACAGUGAAUCCCGACCAAUACCACUUCAUCCGAUUCUUUGAGUGUUUCCACGACGACACCAAGUCGUACUUGGUGUUUGAGCUUCUGGAACAGAACAUCUUUGAGUUUCAGAAGGAGAACAACUUUGCCCUCCUCCCUGCCAGACACAUUCGGACUGUAACAACCCAGGUCCUGAGAGCCCUCCAGAAGCUCAAGGACCUGUCAAUCAUUCAUGCUGACCUUAAGCCUGAGAAUAUCAUGAUCAUUGAUCAGAAGCGGUUCCCCUUCCGUGUGAAAGUUAUUGAUUUUGGAUCUGCGAGCAUAUUUCAUGAGGUGCGGUAUGUCAAAGAACCCUACAUCCAGUCCAGGUUCUAUCGCUCUCCUGAGAUUCUCCUCGGCCUCCCCUUCUGCGAGAAGGUGGACAUGUGGUCGCUGGGCUGCGUCAUGGCAGAGCUGCACCUGGGCUGGCCCCUCUACCCCGGCAACAGUGAGUACGACCAGGUCCGCUACAUCGUGGAGACGCAGGGGCUGCCGAAAGACCAGCUCCUCAACGCGGCCACCAAGGCGGGGCAGUUCUUCCGCCGCAACCCACGCCAGCAUGCUGGCCCCCAGUGGCAGCUCAAGUGCGCCGCCGAUUACCAGGCGGAGACUAUGGUGCAGCCCCUGGAGAGGAGGAAGUACGUGCUCAAGUCGCUGGACCAGCUGGAGACCAUCAACAUCACCAAGACUGUCUUCCCGGACGAUGAGGUGAUCGCCGAGUUCCACGACCGCAAGAACAUGGUGGAGCUCAUCAAGAGGAUGUUAACCCUGGACUCACAUGAGCGCAUCACGCCCAGCGCCGCGCUGAAGCACCCUUUCGUCACCAUUCAGCAGCUCAAAAUGACCCACGAGCACACCAAGUACUAUGACCUGUCAGUGCAAGGGCUCAACGCAGCUCUCAACUGUGACAAGCGGGCCCUGGCUCAACGACAUUACUACAACGUGGUCGAUGAGACUUUCUACGCCAACUCUGAUCACUACGAGUGCAGGCAGGCUCACCACAUCCCCAGCAUCACCUCGAUGCAGAGGGCCAUUGACAAGAUGGACAACCUGACUAUUGAGGAGCCAGGCCGGGAGGUUGGCAUCAGCAUGUGGCCUGAAGGAGCAGGUAAUGCAGUGUACCAGCCUUCCACCUCAAAGGCGGUGAAUCCCACCUGCCUGCCCCAUUCAUACCACCAAGGAGCCUGCUUCAGGUCCAACCACACUGGCCAUCGGCACAGGAAAGAGCCAGUCAUGUGUUACUACGGCAACCAAGGCGGGCUGAAGCAGCGGAAGGCUCCUCACCAUUCCAAGUCGGACCCUACGUUUGGGAAUGUGAUACUGCUCGGACAGGAACCUUCCACGGAGGUCAUCAGCUGGGAGGAGGAGGACACGGAGGCCAUCUUUUCAGCUCCUUCUUCCUCGGCACAAGAGGCGAAGAGGGCCGAGGAGGCCAUGUUCCAUAAAGAGCCUUCGGGUCCUGAGAUACCUCAGCAGAUUAUCGAACUGAUGGAGGUUACAGGUGUCAGGCACAGCAAGACCGUCGAGUUGUUGGAAAACCAGAAUGAGAACAUUAACAUAAGGAGAUCUCAACCAAGCCAACAGGAUUCUGAACACUCCGACAGCUUCGACAAUGAAUGGUUAAAUAACGGCAGCGAGACUUGGAGUCCUGAUAGCACAGAUUCCGUCUCCAUUGAAUACGAGGAGAUACAGACACGAAGUAACAGUUACCAGAAUUACCUGCACAUGGAAAAUCAGCAUUAG